GCAGAAAUAAGGCUCGACGUUCGCGUUCUUCGGGACACAGUGAUGAAUGUCGAGUUGAAAUAAUCCGGGCAUAUUAAAAUUCGGCGCUCCUAAGAAUUGAAUAUGCUCACUCUUCCUUGAGUAUUCAUUCCCGUUGGGUCUCGACAUGUCUUUGGCAUCAAGCUCUGCGGCUGCCAGACCAGAUUAUGUGCUCUAGGACUAGGCAGGUUCUGCAGUCAGUACCUUAGACAGUGAUUGUCAACAGGCCUGUCUACUCCGUACUUGGACAGGCGGCGGGUGCUGGCGCAGCCACGUGCGUUGCUCAGCUCAGUCCAGCGUGGGAGGCGUCGCGGUCGCUUCUGUCGCUCGCCCUUGUCCGCUACGACCCCGGUUCGCCCGGCUCCGAGAGACCGUGUUGACCAGCCACAUUCUGGCUCCCGUUUCAUCCAUCUCCCUUGGUAGACUACCUCAUAGACUUGGUGGAUUCCUCGGACUCUUAAAUACCGUUUCUUCUUCGCCUCUCACAUGCCACAUGCGUCUCCGGUCAUCUGCUCUUGAAGCAAGUGCACAUUUGCUUCUGUGACCAGUAGGAUUCGUCUCGACUCUCCAUUGGCCUUGUUCUGCAUACAUACAUGCAUACAUACAGGUCCAAGUGCCGAGCCAACUCCAUACGCCACUAGGUGCAAACAUGGCUGCAGAGUAAGUUGCCAGCCGUCUCACAUGCCCCUCCCCAACUGUUUCCCGCACGUUCAGCUCUCAUCGGCCCAGCUCGAGGAGCUUGACUAAGAAAGUAGCGUCAUGGCGGCAACUUGCAACACGCCAGGACGCUGUUCCCUGAGCUGUUCUCGCCUCGAUAAAACGGCGUCCGCACUCCUACUUGCAGAGCAGUCCCGUGUGCGUCAUGACUUGACUCUUGUCUCUUCAUGCGUAUGUCGUUGCUAAGCUGGGAAUCCCGGUCAGCUCUUUCCGCCGCAACCACCACAACUUCCCUUGUGUUCGGCUGGUUGCACUGGAAUGCCACCCAAUCUGCAGAGUCUCGUGACGAAUCCCCCGUCCAGCACCUGAACUGUAGCCGUCGGGUAGGCUCUAGGUCUGCGGGGGCUGAGACCGAACUUCAAAUCCGGACAUAGCACCAUUCACAUUCGUCGCAGUCAUCUCCCAUGAGCCGGCCUAACUCAGUCUCUAGGAAGAAGGUGGCCAUUGUGGGCAGCGGCUGUGCCGGCAUAGCAGCUCUUUGGGCCCUCAACCGCACGCCCCACGAUGUCUACGUGUAUGAGGCCGCCGAGCGCCUCGGCGGCCACACGAACACCGUGCCGUGGACUCGGGGGAAAUAUAGGACGGCGGUUGAUACUGGUUUCAUUGUGAUGAAUACGGCGACAUAUCCAAACUUCAUUAAUUUCCUUAGCAAGGUUGACGUGCAGACUGAGCCGACGGAAAUGACUUUUGGUGUCUCCCGCGAUCAUGGUCUCUUUGAAUGGGCUGGAACCAGUCUGGACUCUGUCUUUACCCAGAGGAGGCACAUCUUCUCUCCCAGGAUGUGGCGCAUGAUAUUCGACAUUGUCCGCUUCAAUCAGUUUGCUCUGGAUCUGCUAGCGGAGGAUGACGAGCAACGCACUACAGCAUACCACGUCAACGGUACCGGUAACGGUUACGGCAAUGGCAGGCACACACCAAAAUUGGCCAAGGUCGAGGAGACUAUUGGGGAAUACCUCUCAAGGGAGGGCUAUUCGGAUGCUUUCCGUGACGACUACCUCAUCCCCAUGACCGCUGCGGUAUGGAGCACGAGCCCCGAUAAAUGCACACUGGAGUUUCCUGCCGUCACUCUAGUGCGCUUCCUCUGGAACCAUCACCUGCUGUCUACGAUAGCUACUCGACCUGCGUGGCUCACUAUCAAAGAGGGCUCCCAGAGCUAUAUCGAUGCUGUGAUGAAGGGUUUCCCACCCAACCAUUUAUUCCUGAACACACCCGUGAAGUCAGUUACGAACGAGGGAGAUGGCCGAGUGAGGAUUCACUUGCAUGACGGGAAAAGUGAAGUUUACGACCAUGUUAUCCUUGCAACACACGGCGACCAGGCUUAUGAGAUCAUCAAGGACACCGCAACCGCCGAAGAGAGAUCCAUCAUGAGCAAGUUUAAGACGUCCAAAAAUACGGCCGUCCUCCAUUCUGAUCUCACGCACAUGCCUGCCUCUCGCAAGGCCUGGUCAAGCUGGAACUACAUGACCCUGUCAUCUCCCUGGUCAGGAAAAUCCAACAUCGACCAGGUCUCACUCACCUAUAAUAUGAAUAUCCUGCAGCAUAUUCCUCCCUCGACUUUCGGCGACGUCCUUGUUACCCUUAAUCCUCUACAUGAGCCAGAUCCGAAGACCGUUCAAGGCCGCUAUGAGUACACGCACCCUCUCUACAACGGAGAGUCGGUACGUGCGCAGGCCCUACUUACAAAAAUCCAGAACCGGCGGGGAAUCAGUUACGCGGGAGCGUGGACCAAGUACGGAUUCCACGAGGAUGGAUUUAGCAGUGGGUUGCGGGUAGCUAAGGACCACCUCGGUGCCCGGCUACCCUUUGAAUUCGUCGAUUCAACAUACAGCCGAGGCAGGGCGCCAGUACAUGGGCUGACGGAUCAUUUUGUGAGGCUGGUCAUCUUGUUGAUACACGUGUUUGUGGUGUUGCCAUUGGAGCGGAUUGUGGCAACGUUGAACUCUAUUGAGAAGAAGGCUGUAGGUCACAUCAACGGGCAUUUGGGGAAGUUCAAGGGACAGUAAUGAUGAACGAUCAUGGAUUAUUCAGCUGGGCAUGUAUUCUUGGCCAUAGAUAGGCACCAGAUGCACAAUGUUGCAGCCAAGGGUAUAAAGACGGCAUUGUUCGUCGUGUCUGUUAUUA